AUGAGGCAGGAAGAUGAGGAGACGGUCUUUCUCGGAGAGUCUACCUCACUCACUUACCUCCAUGGCACACACACAUCACCCUCUACACUUGCCACACCAGACCAAGGCUUUGUCUACCGUAUUCCCGAGGCCGUGAGAGCACAAAAUUCGACUCUGGAAUGGGAAAUUGAGAGGAAACAAGCCAGGCUCAAGCUGUUGCACGCUGAGGGUGCCUUUUCGUUCCCUGCCAAAACGGCCACCGACAGCCUAUUCAAGGCCUACUUUGAGUGGUUUCAUGUAUGCUUUCCUGUGCUAGAUGAGCCAGAUAUCUGGCAGCAGUACAGUCAGGGAACCCUCCCCCCACUUCUGUUCCAAGCCAUACUCUUCAUUGGAGUCAUGCACUGUGCCGAAGAUGAAUUACCAAGCGUCGGUCUGGGUUGCCGACAACGAGCAAAGUACACGUUGUACAAUCGAGCCAAGGAUCUGUUUGAUGCCGAGAUCGAGCCCAAAUCCAUCACCGUUAUCCAAUCUGUGUUCCUCAUGAGCUUCUGGAGGGCUGGAGCCCUCUUGCAAAAGGACACACGACACUGGCUCGCGGUCGCCGUAAGUCUCGCGCAAACAAAAGGCCUCCAUCGCUCAUCACAAAACACAAAUGGGGAAGACAUCAACUUGAAGCUGCGCAAGAGACUAUGGUGGUCUAUAUAUAUCCGGGAACGGCAAUGCGCCGCCGCUCUGGGUCUCCCAAACCGCGUAAGGGACGAGGACUGUGACGUCGAAGCUCUAAUUGAGCAAGACUUCCAGUAUGCUUUUGAGUCCCCAACAUCAUCCUCUCACGUGAAUAAGUCCAUAUCAUACAUGAUUGGUAUGGUUGAGCUAUCUAGGAUGCUCGGUCGAAUAAUUCAUCGAGACUUCUUGCCCUUGAAACGCUUGACGUUUGCGGAGCGAGAAGAGACCAAGAAUACGCUCUUCAGCUGGAGGAAAUCCCUGCCUCUGUGUAUGCGGCCGUCGGGUGAUGGGCUUGAAGGUGGCUCGGGCUUCUUAGCGAGCAUGCUGAACUUGGCGUACAACAAUCUCCUCAUCCUUCUUUUUCGUUCUGGAUGUAGUAGCACUGAGCCACCAAGCAGUCCCGUUGAUGGACAGGUGGCCAUCCUGGCUGCCGCUCGCAAUACCUCCAUCAUCGAGAACAUGCUGAUUGAAGGUCAGAUAUGUCACGGCCAGAUCCACGUCAUCACCAAUGUCUUCAAUACUUUGUGUAUUCACACUCUGAACCUCAAACACCUGCAAGGUGGUCGUCGGUUCGUAGCCGAACAACGUGCUAAACUUUGUCUGGUCAGCCUCCAAGAACUCCAGAAGACAUGGGAGUUCAAGAACUGGAUUUUACAGCUCUUCUUUCAGUAUCUGGAUCAACCGACAGCUCAACGGCUGCAGUUGGGAGACGACGGGGGUGAAACAAGAUCCUCCUCAAAUGACUCACAUAUACCUAGGGCAGGAAAUCCGCCCCUAGACAACCAGCACAUGUGGCACCAACAAUUACAAGACAUGCCAUCAGAUAGUCCGCCUGCCUUUGCAUUGGCUAUAGAGAGCCAAGAUAUCGGUCAAUUUCUUCAUUCGCAAAUUGAGAAUAGGUUUGUCAACGGGGAAGGCGGUGCCAUCGACUGGUACAUGGCCGAUCUCUUCCACACGUCUCAAUCAUAA